AUGUCGCAAUCACUUCGUCCAUAUCUCACAGCGGUGCGCUACUCUUUGGAAGCCGCUUUGACGCUGAGCAAUUUCUCCUCUUUAGAGGUUGAAAGACACAACAGGCCAGAGGUCGAAGUGCCUAACACAAGUGCUGAGCUUCUAUUGCAACCAAUGCAUAUCUCGCGUAACGAGAAUGAGCAGGUUUUGAUCGAAUCCAGUGUAAACUCCGUCAGGGUGAGCAUCAAGGUCAAACAAGCAGACGAAAUCGAGCAGAUUUUGGUACACAAGUUCACACGGUUCCUGGAGCAACGUGCCGAGUCGUUCUACAUAUUGAGGCGUACUCCAAUCUCAGGCUAUAGCAUUUCAUUUUUGAUAACCAACAAGCAUACAGAAUCGAUGAAGACAGGGAAACUUGUUGAUUUUAUCAUCGAGUUCAUGGAAGAUGUCGACAAAGAGAUUAGUGAGAUCAAACUGUUUCUCAAUGCAAGGGCUAGAUUUGUUGCCGAAGCGUACCUUGGGGAGUUUGUAUACUGA